CAAAAAAAAAAACACGUGGGCCUAAUUCUGAGCCCAAAAAUAGUUCACGGAACGGCAUAUUCGCAUCCCCGCGAGGGACGAUAAACUACCACUCACGUAUCGCCACGUGUCGAAGAGCAAAAGAAAGAGAACCAUAAAUCGAACAAAGAAGCUAUAAGUGGCGACGCGAGUCUCUCACCGCUCGGAAUCAAAUAUUCCUGAAAUCAUCGCAUUCCCUUCGCUGCCCCUUCCCAAUUCCCUUCCCUGAUUGUCAAUUGGAUCUUCAUGAGUUCAGCAACCACUGGAGCAUACUUCGUUUCCUGUGUUUCGGGAAACAAGAACAACGACCUCCUCUGCUGGGUUUUGCUCUUCUUGCUGCCAAAGUUUUUGGGAACUCCAUUUGCCUACAUCAACUUUCUCUUGAUUCAGGCCAUUGACAGGAGUCCAUCUGCGGUGGGGGUUUUGGGAAACUUCGGGGUGGUUAAUCUAUAGUCAUUUUUGGUUUGGUCAUCAGCAGCAGCAUAUUUGGAUCCCUGAUUUCUGAGCGGUGAGAAAUGGUUUCCUCUCAGUUUUCGGGUUUUACGAAGGGUGGUUACAAACCCUCACAGACUAAUUUACUCUUUCCUGCAAACCUGCCUGAUACUGUGAACACGGAGCAUAUUGAGCUAGAUUUCUCUGAUGUAUUCGGCCCAGUUACUGUAGAUUUGAACAACAUUGAUUCCACUACUGGUGAACCUGUAGAAGACGUGAAUGAGUUGGUUUAUGAUGACCCACCAGUCAUUUACACCCGAUCUCAUUCUCUGGUUGGCCCUUCUGCUUGUGUUAGUCAAUCACUUAAGCUUAGCAAACUCACCAUACAUGAGACUGAGGAUUCACUGGAACUAGUGGAUUAUGCUGAUGAAGAGACCUUUAAGGACAUUAAAGAAUCCUCCUUUGUCGAAGAGUCUUUGAAAGAUGAAGACGGGAAUAUCUCAAAAACCCAAAGAGUUAGCAUUGAAGAUUUUGAGAUUUUGAAGGUUGUGGGGCAGGGUGCAUUUGCUAAAGUAUAUCAGGUGAGGAAGAAAGGUACUUCAGAAAUAUAUGCUAUGAAGGUUAUGCGGAAGGACAAGAUUAUGGAGAAGAACCAUACUGAAUAUAUGAAAGCUGAGAGGGAUAUCUGGACAAAGAUAGAACACCCUUUUGUUGUUCAACUCAGAUACUCUUUUCAGACAAAAUACAGACUGUAUCUUGUGCUUGAUUUUGUAAACGGGGGCCAUCUCUUCUUCCAGCUUUAUCACCAAGGCCUUUUCAGAGAGGAUCUAGCACGCAUAUAUGCUGCGGAGAUUGUUUCUGCAGUUUCUCAUCUCCAUUCAAAUGGAAUAAUGCACAGGGAUCUGAAGCCUGAAAAUAUUCUACUGGACGCUGAUGGCCAUGUUAUGUUGACUGAUUUUGGCUUAGCAAAACAAUUUGAAGAGAGUACUAGAUCAAAUUCGAUGUGUGGUACAUUAGAGUACAUGGCACCUGAAAUUAUUCUUGGCAAAGGCCAUGAUAAGGCUGCUGAUUGGUGGAGCGUAGGUGUUCUACUGUUUGAGAUGCUUACUGGAAAGCCCCCUUUCUGUGGUGGUAGCCGUGACAAAAUUCAGCAGAAGAUAGUUAAAGACAAGAUCAAGCUACCAGCAUUUUUGUCAAGUGAAGCACAUUCACUGUUGAAAGCGCUGCUACAGAAGGAAGCAACGAAGCGCUUAGGUUGUGGAGCCCGGGGAGUUCAGGAAAUUAAGGGACACAAGUGGUUUAAACAAAUCAAUUGGAGAAAGCUGGAAGAACGAGAAAUCCAGCCAAGCUUUAUCCCAGACGUAGCUGGUACGCACUGUGUUGCCAACUUUGAGAAACGCUGGACUGAUAUGCCUGUUGUGGACUCGCCAGCUGCCAGCCCAAAUGGUGGAAACCCCUUUAAGGACUUCUCUUACGUGAGGCCUGCACCUUCUUUUCUUCAGAGGAAUAGCCCUGCGUACUAACCAGACAACUUGUAACGGCUUUUACUUAAGAUGCAUAUGUUUUUAUAGUUCUCCUCCUAUUCUUCUCAUUAGUUAGUUGCCUGUAUCUGGCUGCGUGAACAGUGAGUGAUAGACUGUCACAAUUGCCAACACUAAAGAAUUUUUUGUGCCCCUAGCUAGGACUUGUGUGUAAAAUCUACAGGUUGUGAGUUCAGUCACUUAUUUAUGUGCCUUGCGGCUCCACAAUUCUAUUAAGAUGUAUGUCAUGUCUGGAGGAAAUAAACUGCUUUUUUUAUA